UUUCCCCAGAUGCUCCAGCAAGCUACAGACAUGAAUCAUCAAGAAAGACUUCAAGACCAACAACUGGGGUCUGGGUACAGGAAAAAGCACGCGGGAUAAUGAGAUAGAUGAACUGAGGAUUCGCCUUGUAGGGAAACAUGGUUCAGGAAAAAGUGCUGCAGGAAACAGCAUCCUGGGCAGGCGUGUGUUCAAAUCCAGAUUCAGUGAGCAGCCAGUGACCCAAGAGUGCCAGACAGAGCAGCAAAUCUGGAGACACAGAAAAGGUGUACUCAUUGACACUCCAGAUAUCUUUUCCCAAAGAGAUUUCCAGAAACAGCUGUACCAUCUCUCCUCUGUAAUCUCUGCAGGCCUACAUGCUCUCCUCCUAGUGACUCCACUGGGCUUCUAUACAGAGGAAGAUGAGACAAUAGUGGGAAACAUUAAGAAGUUUUUUGGAGAAGAAGCCCUGAGGAAAUAUGUGAUCAUUCUGUUCACCCGGAAAGAAGACUUGGCAAGCAGACUUGAUGGAGUUCAUAAAGAAUACAGACAAAGCUCUUCAGAAACUCAUUUGGGACUGUGGACUUCAGUACUAUGCUUUCAAUUACCGAGUCACUGGAAAGGAGGAACAAUUCCAAGUGAAUGGGCUCUUGGAGGAGAUCAUCAAAAUGGUAGAAAGGAAUGGAGGGUCUGGGCACAUGAUAGAGCCCAAGCAGGACAAAGAGAUAGAUGAAUCGAGGAUUCUUCUUGCGGGGAAACAUGGUUCAGGGAAAAGUGCUGCAGGAAACAGCAUCCUGGGCAGGCGUGUGUUUGAGUCCAGACUCAGUAAGCAACCAGUGACCCUAGUGUGUAGGAAAGAGCAGUGGAUUUGGAGACAAAGAAGAAUUGUGCUCAUUGACACUGCAGGUAUCUUUUCCCAAAGGGACUCCCAGAAAGAGCUCCACCACCUCUCCUCUCUAUGCUCCCCAGGCCUGCGUGCCCUCCUCCUAGCGAUCCCUCUAGGCUCCUACACAGAAGAAGACCGAGACAGCGGUGAUGAACAUCAAGGAGGGUUUGGAGAGGAAGCUCUCAGGAGCCACGUGAUCAUUCUAGUCACCCGAGAAGAAGAUUUGGCAGGAAGGGACCUGAUGGAGUUCAUAGAGAACACAGAUAAACCUCUUUGUAAUCUCAUUUGGGGAUGUGGAUUUCAGUACCAUGCUUUCAGUUACCAAGUCAGGAGAGGAAGAACAAUUCUGGAGAAGAUUGACAAAAUAACGUAUGACAAUGGAGGCCAACUUUGUACCUUUAGGGAGUCUGCUACUAGACCUGGUAGGAAAAUAUAAUGUGGAAACUCUAAAGAAAAGGGGCUGAGGGAAGAAGGAGGAACAGAAAGAAUGAACACAUUGAAGGGAAAUCUUUCCAAAUGAAGCCUUUAUUUUUCUUCUCACUUUUCACCAAUCUCUUCUCUGCCAUCAGCCUCUUAUAGUCUGUCUCCUACAGUUUAGCAUUUCGUUAUGUCUUGCCUCUAUCAUUUUCUAGUCAUUUUAUGUAAGUCAAUCUCAUUUCCUUUCUUUCAAUUUUUAAUUUAUGGAGUAAAACAAGUAUUUCCAUAGC